CGGAUGGGGGGUGGGGGUGUACGGUGUGGUUCAGUGCGGAGCCGCCCGGCUCGACUUCGGGGCCAUGGAGGGGCUCGGGCGGGAGGAGCCGGCGGCGGACGACUUAGAGCUGCUCGUGAGGAAUCAGCGCAGGGAGAAGCGGGAGCUGCAGGCCAAAAUUCAAGGUAUGAAAAAUGCUGUACCUAAGAAUGACAAAAAGAGAAGAAAACAGUUGAUUGAUGAUGUUGCCAGACUGGAGGCAGAAAUGGAACAGAAGCACAAGGAAGAACUGAAGCAGCUAAAGGAAACUUUACUCGAGCAGAAUAAGGUAGAUUCUGUGGCUGAUAGUAUUGCAAGUUUUCAGCUUGAGGAAAGAGAGCAACAGAUGCAGCAACCUCGAAUAUCAAAAGCACAGAAAAGGCGGGAGAAGAAAGCUGCAUUGGAGAAGGAAAGAGAAGAAAGGAUAGCUGAAGCUGAGAUAGAAAAUUUAACAGGAGCCAGACAUCUUGAAAGUCAAAAGCUUGCUCAGAUAUUGGCAGCAAGGCAGUUGGAGAUUAAACAGAUUCCAUCAGAUGGCCACUGCAUGUACAGAGCUAUUGAAGACCAGCUCAAGAAUCAGCAAAACUCCUGGACUGUUGCAACCCUGAGAAGUCAAACUGCAGAGUAUAUGCAAAGUCAUGUUGAUGAUUUCCUGCCGUUUCUAACAAAUCCCAACACAGGAGACAUGUAUAGCCGAGGGGAGUUUGAAAAGUACUGUGAUGAUAUAGUCAACACAGCUGCCUGGGGUGGUCAGCUGGAACUAAGGGCUCUGUCACACAUUUUGCAAAAACCAAUUGAAGUAGUGCAAAUGGAUUCUCCUUCCAUUAUUGUUGGUGAAGAAUAUUCAAGCAAACCAUUAAUACUAGUGUAUAUGAGACACGCAUAUGGAUUAGGAGAGCAUUAUAAUUCCGUAAAACUGCUAACAGACACUGCUACAGAAAAUGGUAGCUAGUAUACAAGUCAUAAGUCCACAGGGAUAAUGGGUGCCGCUUGACACUUUGGGCUGUUCAUCUGUGGAUGGUUCCCAAGAAAACUGGAAAACAAAAGUAACGGGAAGGAACUUUUAAGAAAGACAAAAGAUUUGGCUACGUAUCAGAAGUAGCAGUUUAAAACAGUCCCUAGGCUGCUGAUUUAGAUCAUGUUUUAGAAAAUAUUCUCUAAAAUGCUGGCUGUGUAAGCCAUUGUAACUUGCAUAGUUUGAGUAUUUUGGUUUACGUAACAUACUCUGACAGUGAAAAGAUCAAUAGUACAUGUUUCAGGUAGCCUGUGUGUUUUUGUUUUUUUUUUCCCAUAUUCUGUGCAUUUCUACUGAAGAGUUGAUGUGACUUGCAGGCUCUUAUUAGGCCUUUUCAAGUAGAUUAUAUGGUGAUCAUGGAGAUUUUAUUAAGGCAUUUAAAUGACUGUUGAAUAAUAUUCUGGAUUGGAGUGACCAUCAAGAUACUGCUUUAAUAGUCCCAACAGGUCAUAGCUAAAACAUAUGUAAACAAUAGUAAGGACCCUCCUAAUACUUUAGUUACAUAAGAGCCAGAGGCAAAGCCAGUGAUGCUGAAUAUACCCUUAUCUGACUCAAAAGGUUGCAAACCUAACUUCUGCUUUUAUGGAUUCUCUUCUUAAUUUUUUAAUCAGGUUUUGAAAACUUUCUUGUCUUCUGCUGCUGGCAUUUCUGCUUAUGGCCAUAAAUGACAGAACAUGGGUGAGAACUGAUAACAGCAUUGCUGAUCCACAUUGUCCCACCUGUAGAACAGGGGACAUUCAACUUUUUGUUCUUUUGAAAUUUAUUUUUCUUUACAAUAGUUGGCAUUUCAGAUGAAGACUUAGUGAACUAGUCCAAACAUACUGUUUAUAGUGCUGCCAUUCCAUCAGAUCUGCAGUUUGGAAUGCAAUUUACAAUACUCAGGUGUGGUCUGUACUUAAAAUUUAGGUCAAUAUACCUACGGUGCUCAGCAGUGUGAGAAAUCCACACUCCUGAGCACCAUAGUCUUCCUGACGCAAUCCCUGGUGUACAUGUAGCUGAAUCGCUGGAAGAAUGCUUCCAUCAACCUACUUACUAUCGUUCGGGCAGAUGUUUUUUCCUACAGCAAUGGAAAAAACCCUGUCAUUGUAGGUUAUGUCUAUGUUAUGGGGUUAUACCGACAAAACUUCAGCACUGUAGUUACGCCAAUAUAGUCCCUGUAGUGUAGACACUGCCUUAUACAGCCAGUUGCAGACAGUUAUAAAAAUUGUC